AUGGAGGCCGGAGUGGCUGGUAGUGGUGCGAUGCUGCUGAGUGCCUCGCUGCAUCGCCGUUGGUACGCCCCGGGCGAUGUUGUUCGUUCUGAGGUUUGUCUUCAUGGAUUUUCAAAUCCAUCGGACAGCGUGUCCAAUGGAGUUGCCAUGCGUUUUGGGCGGAUGGAUAAUUACUUCGCCGAUAUCGAUAUCGAUGCUCCUACGGUGGUGCGAGUGAAGUCGCUAGUGGCUCAAAUUGUUGGUGCUUGUGUUGUAGAUUCCAGACGCAUUCAAUACGAUCUGGGGGGCGGUCGUGCAAUGGAUGAACGCUGCCGAAUAGUUAUCGAAGACACAUUGUCGAAGGAUCACAAUGUCUACGGACUUUUCUGCUCGGAUGAUUUUUCCCUUGUUAGUAAUUUGCCUCUUCGUGAGCGGGAGUCGAGGGCCCUGGUUGUGAAGUUCACUUUGCCACAGUAUUUACCGUCCUCGUUUCGGGGGCAAUGCAUACGUUUUUAUUACGCCCUUUUUCUACACGGUGUUUAUUGCGACCCACGGAACUCGAAUGCUCCUGUAAAACUCCGCAUUCCCAUCCAAGUGUUCUCGGCCCAGGCGAUUGUCACUCCGCUGCUUCUCCCCGUGUCGUUCCCGCUGGAGAGGUUUGAUUUUCAAGAGAAGGUGUCUUUUCUCCAAUCCGCACCGUCAUCUGCCCUGACGGGACCACUUCAAAGCCACCUGGUGCCUUCGGAAGUAGAAGACUUUCAUGCUCAUGUUCUUUCCAAGAAGGCAUUAAACACGCAGGCCAAUCAGUUAAGUAAGCAGCGCACCCCGCUACAGUUUCCACUAAGUUUAGACGGGGAAUUGGCAUUGACAGUAGUUGUGGCAUCAACAACUGUGAUGAUUGGAGAAUCCCUCAGCGGUAUUUUUGUGGUGCAAGGCAACCCCAAGUUUCAACCAGUGAAGAUUCUCGGUAGCCUUGAGUUUCUUGAGUGCUGCUCUUCUAAACACGUGAAGAAAGGCAUUUUUCGCCAUCAGCUUCCGGGAUGGAGGAAGGAACUAGUUGUUGCGCAAACAAGGGUAAUGGAGGAGCUUGACUGGGUUGUACUUGAUCGUGCCACUGUGCCGUUUUCUGUCCCUUUCACAAACCCAAAUACAUACGCAUCAAUGCAUACCGAUGUCGUGACAUUAUGUUGGCAGCUACGUCUGCGCUUUUUGUGGUGCCGGUUGUCCGAGCUGCGGCAGUGUCGUGCAACUUGUCGUGAGGAACUGAAGAUAGAAAAAGAGGAACCAGAGCUCGUUGUGCCGUUGAUUGUCGUGCCGCCCUCUCAGUCUGAGCAACAUCCAUGCAGGGGUGCAACACUACAGGUACUAUGCUGA